AUGCCUUCACUCUUCACUCGUGGUAAGAUAAUGAAUGAAUGGAAAUUCCACUUUCAGACAGCAAUUAUUGUCUUUAUUGAGCAAAUGAAAACCAUUCCUCCUGUAAAAGCUGCAGCUUUCCCUUGAACCUCUCAGAUGAUCUGGUUCCCUGGAGGAAAGACAUGAAACAGCCUGAAUAUGCCCCAUGGAUCCAAACACGGACCCUUGAACUUCUGUUUCAUUUCACCACAGUCCAAAUACUUCAACUUGUAUGACAUAUUCUGACUGUUGUUUUCUCAUUGAUUUCAGGUUUGAAGACCCUCUGUGUGUGAGUGUGUGUGUGUGUGUGUGUGUUUGGGAUGAAGCGCCUGUGGGGGACACACUUUCCGCUGCUCAUCCUGCUCUACCUGUUAGGAGACGUCACCUCGCAGGUUAACCCUGGUGAGUGUUGGCAUGGGAACGGUGUGGGGAACGGUGUGUGUGUGUGUGUAUGUACAGUUGAAGUCGGAAGUUUACACACACUUAGGUUGGAGUCAUUAAAACUUGUUUUUCAACCACUCCACAAAUUUCUUGUUAACAAACUAUAGUUUUGGCAAGUUGGUUAAGACAUCUACUUUGUGCAUGACAAAAGUAAUUUUUCCAACAAUUGUUUACAGACAAAUUAUUUCACUUAUAAUUCACUGUAUCACAAUUACAGUCGUGGUCAAAGGUUUUGAGAAUGACACAAAUACUAAUUUUCACAAAGUCUGCUGCCUCAGUUUUGAUGAUGGCAAUUUGCAUAUACUCCAGAAUGUCAUGAAGUAUGAUCAGAUGAAUUAAAAUUAAUUGUAAAGUCCCUCUUUGCCAUGAAAAUGAACUUAAUCCUGAAAAAACUUUUCCACUGCAUUUCAGCCCUGCCACAAAAGGACAAGCUGCCAUCAUGUCAGUGAUUCUCUCGUUAACACAGGUGAGAGUGUUGACGAGGACAAGGCUGGAGAUCACUCUGUCAUGCUGAUUGAGUUAGAAUAACAGACUGGAAGCUUUAAAAGGAGGGUGGUGCUUGAAAUCAUUGUGCUUCCUCUGUUAACCAUGGUUACCUGCAAGGAAACACGUGCCGUCAUCAUUGCUUUGCACAAAAAGGGCUUCACAGGCAAGGAUAUUGCUGCUAGUAAGAUUGCACCUAAAUCAACCAUUUAUCGGAUCAUCAAGAACUUCAAGGAGAGAGGUUCAAUUGUUGUGAAGAAGGCGUCAGGGCGCCCAAGAAAGUCCAGCAAGUGCCAGGUCCAUCUCCUAAAGAUGAUUCAGCUGCGGGAUCGGGGCACCACCAGUGCAGAGCUUGCUCAGGAAUGGCAGCAGGCAGGUGUGAGUGCAUCUGCACGCACAGUGAGGCAAAUACUUUUGGAGGAUGGCUUGUUGUCAAGAAGGGCAGCAAAGAAGCCACUUCUCUCCAGGAAAAACAUCAGGGACAGACUGAUAUUCUGCAAAAGUUACAGGGAUUGGACUGCUGAGGACUGGGGUAAAGUCAUUUCCUCUGAUGAAUCCCCUUUCCGAUUGUUUGGGGCAUCCGGAAAACACCUUGUCCGGAGAAGACAUGGUGAGCGCUACCAUCAGUCCUGUGUCAUGCCAACAGUAAAGCAUCCUGAGACCAUUCAUGUGUGUGGUUGCUUCUCAGCCAAGGGAGUGGGCUCACUCACAAUUUUGCCUAAGAACACAGGAAUAAUGAAUAAACAAUGGUACCAACACGUCCUCCGAGAGCAACUUCUCCCAAACAUCCAAGAACAGUUUGGGGACGACCAAUGCCUUUUCCAGCAUUAUGGAGCACCUUGCCAUAAGGCAAAAGUGAUAACUAAGUGGCUCGGGGAACAAAACAUCGACAUUUUGGGUCCAUGGCCAGGAAACUCCCCAGACCUUAAUCCCAUUGAGAACUUGUGGUCAAUCCUCAAGAGGCGGGUGGACAAACAAAAACCCACAAAUUCGGACAAACUCCAAGCAUUGAUUAUGCAAGAAUGGGCUGCCAUCAGUCAGGAUGUGGCCCAGAAGUUAAUUGACAGCAUGCCAGGGCGGAUUGCAGCAGAUGUCUUGAAAAAGAAGGGUCAAUACUGCAAAUAUUGACUCUUUGCAUAAUCUUAAUGUAUUUGUCAAUAAAAGCCUUUGACACUUAUGGAAUGCUUGUAAUUAUACUUCAGUAUACCAUAAUAACAUCUGACAAAAAUAUCUCAUAACACUGAAGCAGCGAACUUUGUGAAGACCAAUACUUGUGUCAUUCUCAAAACCUUUGACCACGACUGUACAGUGCGUCAGAAGUUUACAUACACUAAGUUGACUGUGCCUUUAAACAGCUUGGAAAAUUCCAGAAAAUGAUGUCAUGGCUUUAGAAGCUUCUGAUAGGCAAAUUGACAUCAUUUGAGUCAAUUGGAGGUGUACCUGUGGAUGUAUUUCAAGGCCUACCUUCAAACUCAGUGCCUCUUUGCUUGACAUCAUGGGAAAAUCAAAAGAAAUCAGCCAAGACCUCAGAAAAAGAAUUGUAGACCUCCACAAGUCUGGUUCAUCCUUGCGAGCAAUUUCCAAACGCUUGAAGGUACCACGUUCAUCUGUACAAACAAUAGUACAAACACCAUGGGACCACGCAGCCGUCAUACUGCUCAGGAAGGAGACGCAUUCUGUCUCCUAGAGAUGCGAAAAGUGCAAAUCAAUCCCAGAACAACAGCAAAGGACCGUGUGAAGAUGCUGGAGGAAACAGGUACAAAAGUAUCUAUAUCCACAGUAAAACGAGUCCUAUAUCGACAUAACCUGAAAGGCCGCUCAGCAAGGAAGAAGCCACUGCUUCAAAACUGCCAUAAAAAAGCCAGACUACGGUUUGCAACUGCACAUGGGGACAAAGACCAUACUUUUUGGAGAAAUGUCCUCUGGUCUGAUGAAACAAAAAUAGAACUAUUCGGCCAUAAUGACCAUCGUUAUGUUUGGAGGAAAAAGGGAGUAGCUUGCAAGCCGAAGAACACCAUCCCAACCGUGAAGCACAGGGGUGGCAGCAUCAUGCUGUGGGGGUGCUUUGCUGCAGGAGGGACUGGUGCACUUCACAAAAUAGAUGGCAUCAUGAGGAAGGAAUAUUAUGUGGAUAUAUUGAAGCAACAUCUCAAGACAUCAGUCAGGAAGUUAAAGCUUGGUCACAAAUGGAUCUUCCAAAUGGACAAUGACCCCAAGCAUACUUCCAAAGUUGUGGCAAAAUGGCUUAAGGACAACAAAGCCCUGACCUCAAUCCUAUAGAAAAUGUGUGGGCAGAACUGAAAAAGCGUGUGCGAGCAAGGAGGCCUACAAACCUGACUCAGUUACAACAGCUCUGUCAAGAGGAAUGGGCCAAAAUUCACCCAACUUAUUGUGGGAAGCUUGUGGAAGGCUACCCAAAACGUUUGACCCAAGUUAAACAAUUUAAAGGCAAUGCUACCAAAUACUAAUUGAGUGUAUGUAAACUGCUGACCCACUGGGAAUGUGAUGAAAUAAAUAAAAGCUGAAAUAAAUCAUUCUCUCUACUAUUAUUCUGACAUUUCACAUUCUUAAAAAAAAGAGUUGAUCCUAACUGACCUAAAACAGGGAAUUUUUUACUGGGAUUAAAUGUCAGCAAUUGUGAAAAACUGAGUUUAAAUGUAUUUGGCUAAGGUGUAUGGAAACUUCCGACUUCAACAGUAUGUAUGUUUGUGUGCAUGCAUGCUUGUGUGUACGUUUCCAUUUGGUGGCCUUAACUGCUACUGCUGUCUCUUUGAUGUGAGUGGGACUGUUCUGUUGUCCAUGGGUCUCUCCACUAUUCUGUUGUCCAUGAGUGUCUCCACUAUUCUGUUGUCCAUUGGUCUCUCCACUGUUCUGUUGUCCAUGGGUCUCUUCACUGUUCUGUUGUCCAUGGGUCUCUCCACUGUUCUGUUGUCUAUGGGUCUCUCCACUAUUCUGUUGUCCAUGAGUGUCUCCACUAUUCUGUUGUCCAUGGGUCUCUCCACUGUUCUGUUGUCCAUGGGUCUCUCCACUGUUCUGUUGUCCAUGAGUGUCUCCACUAUUCUGUUGUCCAUGGGUCUCUCCACUGUUCUGUUGUCCAUGGGUCUCUCCACUGUUCUGUUAUCCAUGGGUCUCUCCACUGUUCUGUUGUCCAUGGGUCUCUCCACUGUUCUGUUCCCACUCUAUGGGUGGUUCACUGAGGGAAAGUGUGAUGUCAAUGAGACUACCAAUUAUAUUUUACUAGGAAACCCAGUGGCAACAUUUGGUGAGCAGAGACAAAGCACUAACACCAUACAAGAGCAGGGCACAGGGCCAAGCAAUAGGCCUAGGAGAGUGUGCGUGUGUGUGCAUGCGUGUGUGCUUGGAGUUCUUUUACAGCUGUGGCGUGGCAGUCUAUACUCUGAGCGAGAUGAAGAUAAUUGUACAGUCAGUCCUCCACAUUAACAUUGCUGUUUAAUUACAUCCUGCUCAAGGCAAACUACAAACACACCAGAAAUGUUUUCCCUAACUCGUCUAGGGCGCCUCAAAGUAAACAAAGGCUAUGUUUCAUAUGCUGUAAACUUGUCUUUUUCUGUGGGUUGGUGCAGAGAAAUGACAAUUAGUUUUAAUGGACUUUCAUGAUCAUAGAUAAAAACUUUAACGUAUUUAACAGUGGAGUCACACACACACACACACACUUGACACACCCUUCUCUCAAUUCAUGUGUGUAUUUUACAGCCUACAGUGUGGCUGAUCUUUAAGACUAGCAUGUUGCUAUAUUGGCAGGCUGAGAGAGAGAGUAGGUUUUAAGAAAAGGGUGUUCUCUCCAAAGGGACAGAGCAGUGGUGGGUGCUGUGGUUGUUUUCAGGCCUCUCUACAUCUCGUCAUCUCUGUUGAUAGAAGUCUCUGACCUGGUUUACCAGAUAUACAGCAGAGUGGAUCCUCUUGACAGUAUACAGCUUUCACCUAUCUCUAUUACUCGAUUUAUAGUCCAGCCUUAUUCAGUUUCUCUCUCUUGCUCCAUCUCUACUCCAGCCUUAUAGACCCUCUCAAUUUCUCCUCCAUCUAUCUCUACUAAAGCCUUAUUCCAGAGUCUCUAUGGCUCCCAGUCUACAGCGAAAAGCUUGUCGCCCACCCAGAGUGGAAAUAGGAAAGACAGAGAUGGUAUAACUGCACUGUUCUGUGAUUUUAAAAAGGGGAAAGUUGGCAUCACCAUGCCUCUCAGUGCUACUAAAUGCAGCCAUGCAUAUUUCCUGCGUUCUGAUAUUUUUUAUUAUUCAUCCAUUCAGCAGAAUGAUAGUUAGACACAGUAAGACCUGUGAUGGAGUCAACAAGACUCAUAGCAAAACUGUUGAGUGACAAGGGACAUAAAGAUAUAGCUUAUUGGACAGACACACAACUCCCUCAUCCAUUCUCUUGCGUUUAAGAAGUAUUUUUCUAGUCUACAGGAUUUGAAAUCUGGAAAUAAUUAUGACUUCUCCCUCACUUGCCUUCAAAAUGAUUGUCCCACAAUGGGGCAUAUUUUAGAUUUAGAACAUUUUGUUGCAUGAAUUUAAAUUAACUUUGGCCAUGUUCAGAUCCAUUAGUACUCUGCACUCCACCACUUCUUAGUGGUCAACAACAAUCCCAGCAAAUACACAUGGCAAGCCCCUUUCAAUGUACAUUCCUGCUGUCAGAAUGUCUGGAAUGCAUUAACCACAGACUCCAGUGGGAUAGCUGGAUCCUCUUCAUGCACAACACUCACACACAAUAUAUCAUCAACUCCCACCAAGGUCAGGUCGUCCAGUGGUUUUAGGCUGACUUGAGCCACUGCGAUAUUGCUUUCAUAGUAAUACAAUAGAAAGGCUAUGAGAGUUUACUCUAGAUGGUCACAAACAAUAUUAACUAAAAUAUCAGAAUUGAUGACCAAGGUGUGUGUGUGCGUGUGUGCGUGCGCGUGCGUGCGUGCGUGCGUGCGUGCGGAGCCUGUGGUUAGACAGCAAACACUAUGGAACAAGCCUGCCUUUCACUGGCCAGGACACAUAGAAAAAAAUAAGUGGUGAGAGAGGGAAAAAAGCCACUUGGAGCUGGAUCGGUGUGUGUGCAUGUGACCUGUAAGAGUGUAUUAGCCAAUGGUGAUGUUAGAGGGUUCGUCUAGCUCACUCUCUCUUUCUUCUCUCUGUUCCAUGCUUUAGUUUAGGAUGGGGUCUGACUGAGCCACUGGUAAUUACUCUUGUUUUCACCAACUACAUCCCAGGCAAUUUCAAACACUUUCUCUGCCUUCUCCUCUAUUGUCUGUGGGCUGAGCCAUUUGGAUCUGUCUGGCUGUAGUUGAUGGAACAUUACAUUAUUAUGGAUCACUUUUCUUUUUUUUACCAAGUGAAUAUCCAAAUAAUGUUGUUCUUCAGAGUUUCAUUCUGUUCUAUUUGUGUACUGCUUUGACAAUAACAUAAUGAGCUUCAUUCACGCAAUAUUAAGUAACAAGACACGUAUAUAAUGUUGUGAUUUUUCAGUUACUCUAGUCUGAAAUCAAUAAACUGUUGCUCUGUCAAUGCAUGCAAAUUCAGGCCUCGUCUCCCCCUACUUCUCUCUCUUUCUGUGACGACUACUGAGGAUACAAAGAGGCAGGACGCAGACGCAGGAAUCAACAAUGUAAAGGUUUACUUAACACUGAGCAAGAGAGCCACAAAGAGCGAGUACACAACAUGAUACUAACAGUUACACACAACACAACACUGAACCGUCCAGGGCUAUAUAGGGGUGGUGAUGAGAUGAUGAGAUGAUGAGGUGCAGGUGCGCUGGAGGUGAUUAGGGUGCGUUGGGUUUCCAUUCCGGUGUUGCCGAGGUGGUGCGCUCAGACCGGUGGCUCAGUAGACCGGCGAAUCAGAGCGCCGGAGGGGAGCAACGGGAGGAGACGUGACACUUUCUCUCUCUGGUUCUCUUUCUCCCUGCCUCUGUUUGCAGUGGACACCUGUAUGUGAAUGGACUCAUGUUUCCCCUCGUUCACUCACAGACCAGUGGUGAAAUAUCAUGGUCAACUAGCCCAACCUCCACCACUCAUUAGGGAAACAUUUUCAUCACGCAAAAGAGCACAGAUCUGUGAAAAAUAGUCAUUGAUUUCAUUUGAAACGUUAUUAUUUUACCAGAGUUGAGUAAACUGCAGGACCAAGUUUGGGAAACCUUGGCUUGUGGAGUAUCUGAGCUGCCUGGAGAGCCAAUUAAAUGUUUCCAAAUACAACACAUUAAUCAAAACGGACAUUAUUAUUGGAGGAAUUGCAGAUGUUAUAACAUUUGAUUGCAAUUAUAUUACCAAGGUUACCACUAAUAGACUGGAAAUAUGAGAAGUGUGUGAUGAUUAUGGCUUCCGUCUGUUGGGGCAUGAGGGAGGGGGGAGAUGGGGAGGACAGGGGAAGAUAAAGAAACGCGAAGGGGAGGAUGGGAGGGAGGAUGGGGGAUGUGCAGAGGAGAAGGCAGUCUCACAACAGGAAGAGUUCUUUGUUUUGGGACCUAUCUCUUUCUGGAUUGAAUCUCACUGUCACUGCCAGGACGAACUCAAGGUUUCCCCAUCUUGACUUUUAAGCAAACAUUUGGAAGUAAGAGGGAGGACAGAAAGAAAGGAUAAAAAGUGAGGGAGGACAGAAAGGGCCUUGAGCGCUGUGUGUUCUGUGUGCUGUUUCUGGCAGUUUCACAAAUACUUUCCUGUGUCUCAGACAGAGCUGAGCUGAGGAGCCAUGCUGAAGGGAGAGUCCCCCUGGCCUGCACCUCAUGUGACCAGCCAUCAUACUGUACACUACAGUAUACACAUAAACACUAUCUCUAUCACUCUAUCUCUCUCUAUCUCUCUCUGUCUCUCUCUCCAAGUGUCCCCUUGAACUUCCUCUGCCUCUCCUACUGACCAGUCUAACCCUGUGCACACACACUGUACACCCAUAAAGUUUGCUUAAGUGUUCAGCAUAAUCAGCUAAGACAUUGGUUGGGUUGUAUUCAAGUUAAUCGUUAACAUUAGUUUUCUACUGAGUAGAGAAGACAGUUGAAGCAGUGAUUAUAAACCAUAAACCUCAAUAAAUAUCCCAUAUACACCCAGCCCUGCUGGGAAAAUAUUGAUGGAAAAUCACCUAAUAUUUUUACUCCUAGAAACAGCAACAAAAGUAAGAAAAUGAUAUUUCAGGCUUGUAAAAAUGAAUAGAUACGUCUACACUGAGUAUACAAAACAUUAAGAACACCUGCUCUUUCCGUGAUAUAGACUGACCAGGUGAAUCCAGGUGAAAGCUAUGAUCCCUUAUUGAUGUCACUUGUUAAAUCCACUUCAAUCAGUGUAUAUGAAGGGAAGGAGACAGGUUAAAUAACUAUUUUUAAACCUUGAGACAAUUGAGACAUGGACUGUGUAUGUGUGCCAUUCAGAGGGUGAAUGGGCAAGACAAAAAAUGUAAGUGCCUUUGAACGGGGUAUGGUAGUAGGUGCCAGGCACACCGGUUUGUGUCGAUAACUGCAAUUCUGCUGGGUUUUUCACGCUCAACAGUUUCCCGUGUGUAUCAAGAAUGGUCCACCACCCAAAGGACAUCCAGCCAACUUGACCCAACUGUUGGAAGCAUUGGAGUCAAAAUGGGCCAGCAUCCCAACAAGCAUCAAAAAAAUACUAAUUUUCACAAAGUCUGCUGCCUUAGUUUUGAUGAUGACAAUUUGCAUAUACUCCAGAAUGUCAUGAAGAGUGAUCAGAUGAAUUGCAAUUAAUUGCAAAGUCCCUCUUUGCCAAGAAAAUGAACUUAAUCCCAAAAAACAUUUCCACUGCAUUUCAGCCCUGCAACAAAAGGACCAGCUGCCAUCAUGUCGGUGAUUCUCUCGUUAACACAGGUGAGAGUGUUGACGAGGACAAGGCUGGAGAUCACUCUGUCAUGCUGAUUGAGUUAGAAUAACAGACUGGAAGCUUUAAAAGGAGGGUGGUGCUUGAAAUCAUUGUGCUUCCUCUGUUAACCAUGGUUACCUGCAAGGAAACAUGUGCCGUCAUCAUUGCUUUGCACAUAAAGGGCUUCACAGGCAAGGAUAUUGCUACUAGUAAGAUUGCACCUAAAUCAACCAUUUAUCGGAUCAUCAAGAACAUCAAGGAGAGAGGUUCAAUUGUUGUGAAGAAGACGUCAGGGCGCCCAAGAAAGUCCAGCAAGCGCCAGGACUGUCUCCUAAAGUUGAUUCAGCUGCAGGAUCGGGGCACCACCAGUGCAGAGCUUGCGAAUGCAUCUGCACGCACAGUGAGGCGAAGACUUUUGGAGGAUGGCCUGGUGUCAAGAAGGGCAGCAAAGAAGCCACUUCUCUCAAGGAAACUCCCCAGACCUUAAUCCCAUUGAGAACUUGUGGUCGAUCCUCAAGAGGCGGGUGGACAAACAAAAACCCACAAAUUCUGACAAAGUCCAAACAUUGAUUAUGCAAGAAUGGGCUGCCAUCAGUCAGGAUGUGGCCCAGAGGUUAAUUGACAGCAUGCCAGGGCGGAUUGCAGAGGUCUUGAAAAAGAAGGGUCAACACUGCAAAUAUUGACUCUUUGCAUAAACUUAAUGUAAUUGUCAAUAAAAGCCUUUGACACUUAUGGAAUGCUUGUAAUUAUACUUCAGUAUACCAUAGUAACAUCUGACAAAAAUAUAUCAUAACACUGAAGCAGCGAACUUUGUGAAGACCAAUACUUGUGUCAUUCUCAAAACGUUUGACCACGACUGUAUACAUACUCCCUCUGUCAUUUGUCUUUGUUGGUCAUUGUAUAUGUUGCUUGUUUUCCUGAGAGGAAUCUCUCCUACUACUUCCUGAGUACUUUAUAUUUUGCACUGUGGGUUUCGUCCUGCUUUAAGCUAUGGUGCUUUAUUAAAUUCAGUAGUUCUAAACCUGCAACUGCCUCCUGCCUACUCCUCUCUACACUUGUGACAAAGGUGGUCCUAAUGUUUGGUAUACUCAGUGUAUGUCAUGAGUAGUUAGCCCACCAGAUUACACUGAAACGCAAUUAAAUGUUGAAACGCCCACUGUUAACGUUGAUCACUCCUCACUGCUACAGGGGAAAGGCCUAGAUCACACAGGAACAGGAAGAUAUUUUUUAGCACUCACACACAAAGACACGCACUACAUGCUACCCCUUAUAUUUGCACUGGCAGAGAGGUUGAACAAUCCCUGCUCUUUAUUUCAAUAAAGCAACCACUCUCUGAGUGCUGGGGAGAGGGUGUGUGUGUUUGUGCACACUCUGACCUGACCCUGACUAAACACCCACCAGCUAACCCCACUGUGAUGGGCACCUCAUCUCUCUGUCUCUCUCUCUCCCCUCAUCUUCUCUCCUCUCUUCUCCCCUACCCUCUUCACUUCCCGUUCCACUUCUCUCUUCUCCCCUACCCUCUCCACUUCCCGUUCCACUUCUCUCUUCUCCCCUACCCUCUCCACUUCCCUUUCCACUUCUCUCUUCUCCCCUACCCUCUCCACUUCCCUUUCCACUUCUCUCUUCUCCCCUACCCUCUCCACUUCCCUUUCCACUUCUCUCUUCUCCCUCAAUCCUCCCAUCUCCUCUGCAACCUGCAGGAUUUCAGAUUGUGGUGGCUAGACAGAAGGGGGGAUUAGUUUGAUUGUAGAAGAAAGUAGUAGGCGAGUGUAUGUCUGUGAUUAGACAGAUAAUCCAGGUCAAUACAGACUGUGUGUUUAUGUCUGAGAGCUCAGAACUCCCACCAGUAAGAGUUACCACCACACACCUUGAUGUAGCAGAGGUGGUCCAGUGAACCAUGCUCGCGUGAAGAGUAACCUUGCCUGACACCUAAAGAUUUCUUGAACUAAUGCCUAUAUCGGGAUUCCCCAACUGGCGGCCCGCGGGUUGAAUUUGGCCCGUGGGGUGUUUUAUUUGGCUCCCCAAGUUUUCUGAGCAAAAUUAAAAAUACAAUCAAGUACAAAUGUAAGCAAUGUUUUAAAUUAUUAUGUUUUAGUCAAAUAUUAUAUCUGUUUGGGGUUCUUGAGGUCAAUUUGCAGUCUACAAAUUAUUUGUAAAUAUAUUCCGGCCCCCCGACCAUCCGCUCAAAAGAAAAUAGUCCCGCGGCUGAAUCUAAUUUAGUUGAUGAUCCCUGGCCUAUAUGCUUUGCAUAUACGUGUGUGUGUGUGUGUGUGUGUGUGUGUGUGUGUGUGUGUGUGUGUGUGCGCGCGCUUGCGUGUGCGUGCUUGUACUAAAAUCUGUUGUGUUGUAGGUGUGUGUCGGUACCCUCUGGGGAUGUCCGGAGGACAGAUUCAGGAUGAAGACAUCUCAGCCUCCAGUCAGUGGUCUGAGUCUACAGCUGCUAGAUACGGCAGGUACUGUAUACACACACACACACACAUUUACAUUACAUUUACGUCAUUUAGCAGACGCUCUUAUCCAGAGCGACUUACAAAUAGGUACACACACACAGUGGAGGCUCCUCAGAGGAGGAAGGGGAGGACCAUCCUCAGUGAAUUUCAUAAAAAUAGUGAAACAUUAAAAAAGUUAUCCUUUCUGGAUAAAACUAUACAAAAUAUAUUCACCUCACAAAAUAAUUUAUUAAAACACACUGUUUUGCAAUGAAGGUCUACAGUAACCUCAGCAGCACUCUGUAGGGUAGCACCAUGGUGUAGCCAGAGGACAGCUAGCUUCUGUCCUCCUCUGGGUACAUAGACCUCAAUAUAAAACCUAGGAGGCUCAUGGUUCUCACCCCCUUCCAUAGACUUACACAGUAAUUAUGACAAUGUCCAGAGGACGUCCUCCAACCUAUCAGAGCUCUUGUAGCAUGAACUGACAUGCUGUCCACCCAAAGGAUCAGAGAAUGAAUCUAUUACUAAAAGCAUAAGCUAAAACUAGCUAGCACUGCAGUGCAUAAAAUGUGGUGAGGAGUUGACUCAAAGAGAGAGAAAGACAAUAGUUGAACAGUUUUGAACAAAUUAAGGAGAAGCAAGAGAGAGAGAGUGCUAGCUAUAUUUGGUUGUAUUUUUUUAACUUUCCCUUUAACUUAGCUAGCAAAUGCAGCUAGCUAGUUUAGCCUACUCAAACACCCAGCUCAAAAAGAGGAAUGCUAUGUUAGCUAGCUGGCUAUGGCUAUCUAACACUGGAACUCUUCCAAGUCAAGGUAAGCUUUUGGUUUUAUUAAUUUUUUACCACGGCCCGCCGGUGUAACUGCUAAACUGCUUUCUGACAGUACACUGUACUGAAUGAUUGUAGCGGGUUUACUAAUGCGUUAGUUCUAGUAGCUAUGUUUACUAUGAUGUGGCAAUGAUGUAGGAUUGUGUAGUGGUUAUAGCGGUCAUGAUAUGAAGGUUUGGCUUGGAAAGGCAUUUUCACCUGGUUACAGAAAGCUGAUGUGUUGUGUACUGAAGUCCACAAGCGAAGGGAAAAGGUGAGAGGAGGAGAGCGCGUAGAUGGUUGUGAGCGGGAAUUAUAUAUACAACAAGCAAAGUGAUCAUGCUGUUUUUAUGUGGCUGCUAUGAAAGUGAACUGUGUUUGCAUGUGAUCAGGGGUGUAUUCAUUCCGCCGAUUCUGUUGAAAAACAUUUCUUAAACGGAAGCUAACGGAACGAAAAGGGAAUAAAAAAAUACCUGAAUUUGUCCAAUAGAAAUUCACAUUUGCAACUGUUGGACUAAUGAUUACUCCCUAGAUCGGCUAGAUGCAGGCAAGAGUGUGCAAGGCGGUAUUGAAUGUGUCACUGUCUGUCACCUUGAUUACUCUCUACCUGUGCACCUAGCUACAUUGUGAACUUUAAUUCAUAGGCUAGGUUGUAGCAACGUCAUGAUGGGUACAGGGAAAAUUUGAGUAUCAUGUAGCCUAAACCUAUCGAUGUUACAUUGAGCUGGGUGAAUGGAAUAUGAAUUACAGUCAUCCAAUAUGCUGUAAUAGAAAUAAGGCCAUGCUCAUAAUAACAAUAAUCAUCCUCCCUCAUCUUAAACGGCACCGACCGCCAAUGACACACACACAUACAUAUACAUACAUAAAUACAUCUCAAUUUCGAUUCAGUGGACUGGACACAUGCAGGCGCCCCCACAACUACACACACAAACACUCAUGCACAUUCAUAUACACUCACAAACAAACGUUUUCAAGACUGUAUGUGUGUUUUCACUUAACUGGGCAUCAGUUCCCGCUCUCUGUGUGUAGAAAACAUGUGGUUAAGCCUGGAAAGAGAGAGUGAUUGUGCAUGUGUGUGCGUGUGCAUAUGUGUGUUUGUUGGAGAGUGUGGGAGGGCUGCUCUCAGUUUGAGGAUAAUGAUGUAAUCUAGGUUCUGGUCUGGACAGCAUAGUUUUAUUCUGGCCUAGCCUCCCCUCUCCCCUGCCAGCUCAACCCUACAUGAACAUUGUCACAUUAAUUUACGACAAAGGUGUUUGUUUAAUAGGCUGUAUGAACUGACAUCCACCCACCACACUCACUAUCCACUGACCUCUCUGUCUCCCUUUUCUCUUCCCUCUCUCACACUCCAUCCCUUCCUCUCCAUCUCUCUCUCUGUUCCCUCCAUCCCUUCCUCUCCAUCUCUCUCUCUGUUCCCUCCAUCCCUUCCUCUCCAUCUCUCUCUCUGUUCCCUCCAUCCCUUUCUCUCUGUGUUCUCCUGCCUCCCUUUCUCUCUACUCUCCUUUUUUAUUCCUGUUCUCUCCCUCUCCUUCCCUCUCUCUCCCACCCCCUCCUCUCUCUCCCACCCUCUCCACCCCCUCCUUUCUCUCCCACCCUCAGGUUGGACUUUGAGGAGGGUGAUGGUGCGUGGUGUCCAGAGAUAACGGUUGAACCAGACAGUCUUAAGGAGUUCCUCCAGAUAGACCUGCGUUCCCUCCACUUCAUCACCCUGGUUGGCACCCAGGGCCGCCACGCAGGGGGCAUCGGCAACGAGUUCGCCCAGAUGUACAAGAUUAAAUAUAGCCGUGACGGCAGCCGCUGGAUUUCCUGGAGGAACAGGCAAGGCAAACAGGUAAUCAAUCAGUUAUUGAUCAUGAUGAUUGAUUGACAAGGAGGACAGGAAUAUAAAAACGGUAAUAAUAAUAUAUUGAUAAUGGUAAUAUUGGUGAUUUGUGACGUCACUCUCGGUGGUUAAGGGGAACUGGAAUGUGUGAUUUAUUGCUUAUUAAUUAGGAUAAUUGAUUGAUUAAUAUCUGUGUGUGGCAUGGCUGUAGGUGAUAGAGGGAAACAGGAAUGCGUAUGACAUCAUGCUGAAGGACCUGGAGCCUCCGAUCAUCGCCCGCUUCGUGAGGUUCAUGCCCGUCUCAGACCACUCCAUGAACGUCUGCAUGAGGGUAGAGCUCUACGGCUGUGAGUGGCUCGGUAAGACAGACAGAGGGAGGAGAGGAGAGAGGGAUAGGAGGAGGAGCUCCCUACUCUGAGCCAUAGGUAGACAGAGUUGGGCCAACUCAGUGCCUAGGCUUUAGCUCAGUGGGCUAAUGCAGUCUCUCUCUCUCUCUCUCUCUCUCUCUCUCUCUCUCUCUCUCUCUCUCUAUGUCAGAUGGUCUGGUGUCCUACAACGCCCCAGCAGGAGAACAGAUGAGUCUGGAGGGCCAGCCUGUUCACCUCAACGACUCAGUGUACGAUGGAGCUGUCAUCUACAGGUGGGUGUGCAUACCUCCUUUUCCCUCUCAUCCUCCCUCGUCAUCUUGCUCCUCCUCUUUUCUCUUUUCCUUCAUCUCCUUGUCCUUAUUUUUUCUCCUUCUCAUUCUGCCUCUCAAUGUAUCCCUCCUCUCUCGGUUUAUCCGACCUCAUUCUCUGUCCUUUCUCUCCUCCUUUCGUCUUUCCUUCACAAACCUCUGAGCCUUGGUUCCACACUGGCCCUGUUGUUGCCUGGUUGCCAUAGUUCCGGCAUGAUGUAGACAGUUUCAUGGGUCACUGUGGUUAUGCCACACACACACACACACACACACACAUCACACUUCUCUGUGCAGUUAUGCAAUGGAGUUUUAGGAACACACACACACACACAAACAAUUACACCCACACAUGGCUUCUGGUGCAUGAAUGCGUGGGAGAGUUUGAGUAAGUGUCUUUGGACUAAAACCUGACUACUUGGGAGCAUAAAUGACUAUGUGGUUAUCCUUCCUUUCUGUGUUAGUGUUUGAGUUACUGUGUGCUGAACAAUAUCCUCCAUGACGCUGCCAUCAGUUUGUCUCUGCUAUAGUAGUCAGUAAGUCUCUCUCUCUCCCUCUCUCUCUCUUUCUCUCUCCUCUCACUCUCUGAGUUUGAGUCUGUUAAAGUAGUCCAAGAAGAGAAAAUGGCUAAGGUUUUGAUACCAUACUCAAGAUGAGAUAUUGAGGGUGGUGGAUAAUAUGAUGCUACCACCUAGUGGUGGGUGGAGGGAAGUUGAACAAACACAUAGUGAAAUAGUUUGUCUCUCAACCUUCCCCCUCACAAAAUACAUAUUUUGCAUUGUAAAAUAAAUAUUUGUAAUUAAACAUGAAUCUAGUUAUUAUUGUGUGCCAAGCAAGGUUGUCAAGUAGUCGUUUACAUGUCGCCAGGUCUCCUUAAAGGGAUAGUUCAGCCAGAGACUCUCUGGUUCACCCCGAAAACAACGUUUUCUAGACAUUUUUACUUUGUAUUUUGACUACCAACACUGAGCUCUGUAUUCAUCUCCUCUCCCCUCUUCCUUCUCCAUCCCCAGUAUGACGGAAGGGCUAGGCCAGCUGACUGAUGGAAUGUGUGGAUUAGAUGACUUCACUCAUAGCCACGUCUACAAUGUGUGGCCUGGUUACGACUACGUGGGAUGGACCAAUGAGAGCUUUCCCAACGGAUACGUGGAGAUCAUGUUCGAGUUUGACCGCACACGCAACUUCACCACCAUGAAGGUGUGUGUGAGAGGAUUGGGGGGAGGCAGACAACCUCUUACUUGUUACUCCAGCUGGUAUUUCGAGUGUUCACCACCUCCCAAAUAACAGGCAUUGCAUUACUAAAUCUUUCAGCUUCUUGACCCUAUUUCCAUCACCAGAACACAUUUUUCUUGCAGGUUUACUGUAAUAACCUGUUUCACUGUAACAACAUACACCCUUCUUGCUCUCCCAUCUCUCUUUCUGUCUCUCUCUCUCUAUGUCUCUCUCUUUCUGUUUCUAGGUGCACUGUAACAACAUGUUCAUGAAUCAUAUCAAGGCGUUCCGCCAGGUUGUGUGUUACUUCCGUUCUGAGGCUGACUGGGAGGCCACGCCCCUUUCCUUCAGUCCCGUGGUGGACGACGUCAAUCCCAGCGCCCGAUUUAUCACCAUCUCUCUGGCCAAUCAUAUGGCCAGCGCAAUCAAGUGCCAGUUCUACUUCGCUGAUGCCUGGAUGAUGUUUAGCGAAAUCACCUUCCAGUCAGGUAAACAUGUGUACCGGUACACACACCUCAGAUCACCUCUAAUGUAUAGAGAACACCCCUUUCAAUAUUAAUCUGUAAAGUAUUAUCCGUUCUUUGUUGUUAUUAACGUCUGUCUCUGCUCUUCCAGACACAGCCAUGUACAACACUACCCUGGCUCCCCCCAAGACUGGCAGCGGCCCCCCCACCAGCACUCAACCAGGUCAGUGCCGCCUACACAUGCAUCGCACAAACACAAGCUGUAACAAUUUUUACCUUUUUUAACACACACUCCCAACCGUGAGCAAUGCCUUUUGUGCAAAGCAUUUCCUGCUUUAAUUAUGUCAUCCAAUCAAAUGAUGUCUUCCUCUAUCCCCUUCCCAGGGGAUGACCCCACCCACAAAAUAGACGACAGCAACACCAGAAUUCUGAUUGUAUGCCUGGUGGCCAUCAUUCUUAUCCUUGUCGCCAUCAUCGUCAUCAUCCUCUGGAGGCAGGUCUGGCAGAAGAUGCUGGAGAAGGUGAGAGAUCCCACCUGGUCACACAUACACACAAAUGAGUUUUGCCUGAGUCAAAAAGCACCAUGUCUCUGAAUGUGAAUGUUAGUUUGUGACUGUUAGUUACUAUCCAGAAACGUAAAAUAUGAUUAAAAGUUGAGUGAAUAAAUCCUACCAUGUGUUGAUCCAUCAGGGCUGGUCAGAUGUCUCUUUACCCCAGCAUCCUUUAUUCUAGGCCUCGCGGCGGAUGCUGGACGAUGAACUAACUGCUAGUUUGUCACUACAGAGCGAGACGUUCGCCUUCAGCCACAACAACCCAACAUCAUCGUCAGCACCCAGCGAGCAGGAGUCUAGCUCCACCUACGAGCGUAUCUUCCCCCUGGGCCCUGACUACCAGGAGCCCUCACGACUCAUACGCAUGCUGCCUGAGUUCUCCCACACCUCUGAGGAGGCCGGUGAGUAGACUGGACACACAAAGCAGAGUUUAAAUGGCCAGAAAAGACAUGAGAGAGUUGAGUUAAGGAGGUUGACAAAUUAUCAUGUCUGCUCAUUCUGUAAGCAUGAAGUCACCCCAUUGUGUAUGAUGAUGUUAUAUUGCUGAAUCUACCUUCACCCACUCUGGUAUCAGCUUUGACCAGCACAGCAGUGACAGCCUCCAAGGCUCCCACUGCAACAGUUGCCCAGGACGGAGUCCCUCACUACGCCGAGGCAGACAUCGUCAACCUGCAGGGCGUAACAGGGGGCAACACAUACGCGGUCCCUGCUCUAACCAUGGACCUGCUGUCAGGGAAAGACGUGGCAGUGGAAGAGUUCCCCAGGAAACUGCUCACCUUCAAAGAGAAGCUGGGCGAGGGACAGUUUGGAGAGGUUUGUGCUCUCUGGACAUUACAUAUUAAUCAAUUCCUUGUUUGAUUUACAUUAAUUAAACAAAUUUCUUAUGCACUUCUAAGAUUAAGAAAAUUGAUCAGGGUCAUUAAUUAGAUUAAUCUGGUGAUUUAGGCUGGAGAAAUAGCUUGCACAACCUUUGUGGCUCUUUAGAACCAUCGUUAGAACCAUCGUUAGAACCAUUGUUAGUGACCACUAGAUAUAGUGUGUUGAUCAGAGUCUCCAGGCUCUUUAGAACCAUUGUUAGUUAUCACUAGAUGUAGUGUGAUGAUCAGAGUCUCCAGGCUCUUUAGAACCAUCGUUAGAACCAUUGUUAGUUAUCACUAGAUGUAGUGUGUUGAUCAGAGUCUCCAGGCUCUUUAGAACCAUCGUUAGUUACCACUAGAUGUAGUGUGUUGAUCAGAGUCUCCAGGCUCUUUAGAACCAUCAUUAGUUAUCACUAGAUGUAGUGUGUUGAUCAGAGUCUCCAUGUUCCGUCUCCCUACAGGUCCACCUGUGUGAGGCAGAGGGCAUGCAGGAGUUUAUAGAUGAGGAUUUCUCCUUCAACAUCAGUGACAACCAGCCAGUACUGGUUGCUGUUAAGAUGCUCAGAGCAGAUGCUAACAAAAAUGCCAGGUGAGGGGAGACACACUCCUGAUUAGAGAAUACAGUGAUUGUCAGCAUAUGCUUCUCCCAAAUGUAUUGUCCACAUAGACAUGUUUUGAGUGAUUCUUCCAGCACAUUUUGAAUGUGCUUUUUUUUGGGAUAAAUAUAUAAAUCAAAGCUCUCACACAGUCUCCUCUCUGACCUCUAACCGCUGACCACCUCUGUGUUUAUAAUCAGGAAUGACUUCCUGAAGGAGAUUAAGAUCAUGUCUCGUCUGAAGGACCCCAACAUCAUCCGUCUGCUGGCCGUGUGUAUCUGCAGCGACCCCCUCUGCAUGAUCACAGAGUACAUGGAGAACGGUGACCUCAACCAGUUCCUGUCCCGCCAUGAACCUGAGGGACAGAUAGCGCUCAUCAGCAACGCAACCACUGUCAGGUAAGGAUAAGGGGAUGGAGGCUGGGGGAGGGGUUGUGUGUGUAUUCCUAUAUAUUUCUUCACCUCUCCCGGUGCUGAUUCUCUCUCUCUCUCUCUCAAAUCAGAUCAAUCAAAUUGUAUUUGUCACAUUUACAUUUUACAUUUUAGUCAUUUAGCAGACACUCUUAUCCAGAGCGAUUUACAGUUAGUGAGUGCAUACAUUUUCAUACUGGCCCCCCGUGGGAAACGAACCCACAACCCUGGCGUUGCAAGUGCCAUGCUCUACCAACUGAGCUACAGGGGAAUGCUUACUUACAAGCCCUUAACCAAAAAUGCAGUUUUAAGAAAGAAUACAAAAAAAUAAAAAUAAAAUAAAAGUAGCCAUUUGAUUAGAUGUCUUAUGGCUUGGGGGUAGAAGCUGUUUAGAAGCCUCUUGGACCUAGACUUGGUGCUCCGGUACCGCUUGCUGUGCGGUAGCAGAGAGAACAGUCUAUAACUAGGGAGGCUGGAGUCUUUGACAAUUUUUAGGGCCUUCCUCUGACACCGCCUGGUAUAGAGGUCCUGGAUGGCAGGAAGCUUGGCCCAAGUGAUGUACUGGGCCGUACGCAUUACCCUCUGUAGUGCCUUGCAGUCGGAGGCCAAGCAGUUGCCAUACCAGGCAGUGAUGCAACCAGUCAGGAUGCUCUCGAUGUUGCAGUUGUAGAACCUUUUUAGAAUCUGAGGACCCAUGCUCGAAUCUUUUCAGUCUCCUUAGGGAGAAUAGGUUUUGUCGUGCCCUCUUCACGACUGUCUUGUGCUUGGACCAUGUUAGUUUGUUGGUGAUGUGGACACCAAGGAACUUGAAGCUCUCAACCUGCUCCACUACAGACCAGUCGAUGAGAAUGGGGGCGUGCUCGGUCCUCUUCUUUUUCCUGUAGUCCACAAUCAUCUCCUUUCUCUCUUUAUCUCUCUCUCUCUCUAUCUCUCUCUGUCUCUCCUCUGCUCCAGCUACAGUAACCUGCGCUACAUGGCCACUCAGAUCGCCUCAGGGAUGCGGUACCUCUCCUCGCUUAACUUUGUCCACAGAGACCUGGCCACGAGGAACUGUCUAGUGGGGAAGAAUUACACCAUCAAGAUCGCUGACUUUGGCAUGAGCCGGAACCUGUACAGUGGAGACUACUACCGCAUCCAGGGUCGGGCCGUGCUGCCCAUACGAUGGAUGUCCUGGGAGAGCAUACUGCUGGUGAGAGGGGGGAGGGAGAGGGGGGGGGGAGGAGAGAGAGAGAGAGAGAGAGGGGGAGAGAGAGAGAGAGAGAGAGAGAGGUUGACUUCACAGCCUGCUGCUAUCAGACCAUUCACAUUAUUAACCUCACUACAGUGCACUCUACUCAAAAGAAUCACUGAUAAAACAGUCAAUCGCUUACACUGAGUGUACAAAACAUUAGGAACACCUUCCUAAUAUUGAGUUGCACCCCCUUUUGCCCUUAGUGGAUUUAACAAGUGACAUCAAUAAGGGAUCAUAGCUUUCACCUCGAUUCACCAGGUCAGUCUGUCAUGGAAAGAGCAGGUGUUCAUAAUGUUUUUCCACUUCAAUUAGUGUAGAUGAAGGGGAGGAGACAGGUUAAAGAAGGAUUUUUAAGCCUUGAGACAUGGAUUGUGUAUGUGUGCCAUUCAGAAGGUGAAUGGGCAAGACAAAAGAUUUAAGUGCCUUUGAACGGGGUAUGGUAGUAGGUGCCAGGUGUUCCUAAUAUUUGGUAUACUCAGUGUAUGUUUACUGUAAUGGGCCUGUGAAUGAGGGCUAUGGUUAUCAGUUGAACUAGCCCCUUUUUAAGCCCUUACAAAUCAUUUAAACUCAAUAACUUACGUAGCCUAAUGUCUGUUGUUCUGCCUCUUCACUCCCAGGGUAAGUUCACCACAGCCAGUGACAUGUGGGCGUUUGGGGUGACGCUGUGGGAGACCCUGACCUUCUGUAAGGAGCAGCCUUACUCCCAGCUGACUGACGAACAGGUCAUAGAGAACACUGGGGAGUUCUUCAGGGACCAGAAACGACAGGUGAGAGACACACUCACACUGACUCACUCUUUUGCUACAGAUAUACCUGUCUAUGUUCUACUGUAUUGUACCUGAUUGGCUUGUCUAUGUGUUGUAGAUCUACCUGCCCCAGCCAGUGCUGUGUCCUGACUCUUUGUAUAAGAUCAUGCUGUGUUGUUGGAGGAGGAACACCAAGGAGAGGCCUUCCUUCCAGGAGAUCCACCGAGUGCUGCUGGAGAGCCAAGCUUAG